CGAGAGCAGGGAGUGUAGUGUCGAGUGCUGUGCGAUGGCGCGCACGAAGCAGACGGCGCGUAAGUCGACGGGCGGCAAGGCGCCCCGCAAGCAGCUGGCCACCAAGGCGGCCCGCAAGAGCGCGCCGGCCACGGGCGGCGUGAAGAAGCCGCACCGCUACCGGCCCGGCACGGUGGCGCUGCGCGAGAUCCGCCGCUACCAGAAGUCCACGGAGCUGCUGAUCCGCAAGCUGCCGUUCCAGCGCCUGGUGCGCGAGAUCGCGCAGGACUUCAAGACCGACCUGCGCUUCCAGAGCUCGGCCGUCAUGGCGCUGCAGGAGGCGAGCGAGGCUUACCUGGUGGGGCUCUUCGAGGACACCAACCUGUGCGCCAUCCACGCCAAGCGCGUCACCAUCAUGCCCAAGGACAUCCAGCUCGCCCGGCGCAUCCGCGGGGAGCGCGCCUGAGGCCGCUGUCCUUUCUCUGCCAAACCCAAAGGCUCUUUUAAGAGCCACUCCAUCUACAACAA